AUGGCAUCUGGCGUUACGACGACUCCCGAGAGGGUCAGCAGCUUCGAAGCAUCGGUGUGGGAUGCCUUCUUCAUCCAAUACGAGCCAGGCCCGCUGCCGAUAUCUGAAGAAUGCAUGCGUGUGAAAGAAGCCAAAUUGAAGGAGGAUGUACAGAUUUUGUUUAAGACAUUCAACAAUACUCCUUUAGAGAAAAUGACAUUUGUGGACACACUCGAACGUCUCGGAAUUGAUCACCUCUUUGAAGAACAUAUCAACACAGCGAUAAAUGAAAUCCACCAGAGUGAAUUCAAUAGUUGUAGCCUCUAUGAGGUUGCUCUUUGCUUUCGCUUGCUUCGGGAGCACGGGGUUUGGGUAUCUCCAGAUGUAUUUAAUAAAUUCAAGGCCGGAGAUGGGAGCUUCAACAAGGAUAUAACUAAUGAACCAAGGGCACUAUUAUGUUUAUACAACGCAGCUUAUCUUUCAAUCCACGGUGAAUCAGAACUUGAUGAAGCCAUUUCAUUUGCAAGGCAUCACCUUGAAUCCACGAGGGACAAUCUUGAGUACCCUUUAUCAGAGCAAGUCAAACGAAACCUUGAGAUACCAUAUCCAAGGACAUUGAAGAGAAUAGAUGCGCCAUAUUACAUUGCAGAGUAUGGACAAGAGCAAACAUGCAACCCUUCUGUGCUUGAGCUUGCAAAGCUCAACUUUAAUCUUUUGCAGUGUGUUCACCAGAGGGAGCUCAAGGAUUUUUGUCGGUGGGGAAACGAUCUCUAUGACGAGGUGGAACUAAGCUACUCUCGGAAUCGUAUAGUUGAAUGCUACUUCUGGUCCUACACUGUGCACUAUGAGCAACAGUAUGGACAUGCACGAAUAAUCCUUGCAAAGGCAUUUGUGCUGACAUCCAUGUUAGAUGACACUUUCGAUAUGCAUGCUACCUUGGAAGAGGCUGAAAAGCUCACCGAAGCCAUACAAAGAUGGGACGAGAGCGCUGUUUUUCUAUUACCAGAGUACUUGAGAAAGUUCUAUGUCAGGUUGAUGAAUACCUUCAUAGAGAUUGAACAUGAACUGAAACCCGAUCAUAAGUACCGUGUUGCUUAUUGUAGGAAAGCGAUACAAACUUUGUGUAGGUCUUACCAACAGGAAUCUGAAUGGUUUCAUAACAGUUACAUACCAAGCUUUGAAGAUCACCUCAAGUGCUCGCUAAUCUCUUCAGCUAUUGCGAUGCUAUCUGUUAUUUUACUUGUUGGUAUGGGUGACGAAGCAACAAAGGAAGCGUUCGAGUGGGCCAUCGGUUGCACCGAUGCUGUAAUGGCUGGCAGUGUUGUGGCACGUUUGGUGAAUGACAUGACUUCAUUUAAGUGUGGAAAGAACAAGAAGGAUGUGGCCAGCUCUGUGGAUAGCUAUAUCAACCAGUACCACGUUACGGGUGAGGUAGCUUUCGCUGUGCUGGAUAAUAUGGUUGAAGAUGCAUGGAAAACUACCAAUCAGACACGAUUUGACCGUCGUGCGAUGCUCCCACUUGUAGAACGAGUCGCGAGAAUGACCAAGAGCAUGGUCUUCACGUAUCAUCACAAGAAGGACCGCUACACAUUCGGCCGUCUGAACAAAGAUAGGGUCAAGCAGCAGUUUGUCGACCCAAUUCCCCUCUAG